CCCCCGUACCCGCUGUACACGCGGGAGGAGGUCGGGCGGCACCGCGCGCCCGCCGACCGCGUCUGGGUGACCCACGGCACCGACGUCUUCGACGUCACCGACUUCGUGGAGCUGCACCCGGGGGGCGCCGACAAGAUCCUGCUGGCGGCCGGGGGGGCCCUGGAGCCCUUCUGGGCGCUCUACGCCGUGCACCAGCAGCCGCACGUGCUGGAGCUGCUGCGCGAGUACAAGGUGGGCGAGCUGCGCCCCGACGAGGCGCCGGCCCCCGGCGCCCAGGACCCCUUCGCCGGGGACCCGCCGCGGCACCCGGGGCUGCGCGUCAACAGCGAGCGGCCGUUCAACGCGGAGCCGCCGCCGGAGCUGCUGGCCGAGAGCUUCCUGACGCCCAACGAGCUCUUCUUCACCCGCAACCACCUGCCGGUGCCGGCGGUGGACGCCGGCUCCUACCGGCUGCGCGUGGAGGGCCCGGGCGGGCGGGCGCUGUCGCUGUCGCUGCAGGAGCUGCGCAGCCGCUUCCCCAAGCACGAGGUGACGGCGACGCUGCAGUGCGCGGGCAACCGGCGCGCCGACAUGAGCCGCGUGCGCCCCGUCAAGGGGCUCGCCUGGGACAUCGGCGCCAUCGGCACGGCGCGCUGGGGCGGCGCGCGCCUCCGCGACGUGCUGCUGCACGCCGGCUUCGCCGAGGAGCGCGCCGGCGAGUGGCACGUCUGCUUCGAGGGGCUCGACACCGACGGCACCGGGGCGCCCUACGGCGCCUCCAUCCCCUACGGCAAGGCCAUGAGCGCCGCGGGCGACGUGCUGCUGGCCUACGAGAUGAACGGCGCGGAGCUGCCGCGCGACCACGGCUUCCCGCUGCGCGCCGUGGUGCCCGGCGUCGUGGGCGCCCGCAACGUCAAGUGGCUGCGGCGCGUGGCCGUGAGCGCCGCCGAGAGCCCCAGCCACUGGCAGCAGAAGGACUACAAGGGCUUCGCGCCCUGUGUCGACUGGGACACCGUGGACUACGGCAGCGCGCCCGCCAUCCAGGAGCUGCCCGUGCAGUCGGCCAUCACGCAGCCGCGGCCCGGCGCGGCGGUGCCGCCCGGCGAGCUCACGGUGAAGGGCUACGCGUGGAGCGGCGGCGGGCGCCCGAGCGCCGCUGCCGGGAGCGCUGCUCGCUCCGCUGCCGAGCCCGCCGCCGCAAUCGCCGAAUAA